AUGUUCCUAAUGGUCGAAUUAAUAAUGCGUCCUCGAAAAUUCCGCAUCUACGAGCUGAUUUCGCCAAUUUCCGACGACUGGAAACCGCAACUCGAAUAUUUCAGCCAAACUCUCAUCAAAAAUGCAAUGUUAUUGGGUUAUGUCGUUGUGGCAUUCAAUCGAUUCACCACUUUAUGCUUCUAUAAUAUGAGUAAUUUGCUGAAAUUGGCGAGUUUUAUAAUUUAA